CUACUGGGCAUCGUCUGCUAGCUAGCUGGCUAGUUAGUUAUCUCACUGCCUGAAGGAUGAGUCGCUCAAUCUCCGAUACUUAGCGUGGGGCCAAAACCGCAAUUAGAGCGCCUCGUCUAUCCUUCGUGCUCCCUUGGCUGCAGCCAUCUCGCACAAACUGGGCUGACAGCCGACGGAAUGACCUGGUCAGGCUGUCAGCAUGAAGAAUUGAAGACACAGAGGACGAGGGGUCUGCCAGACCCACCGUAAGCAGGCCAGCACCUCCUACAAAACACAAUGGGAAGCACCUGCAGAAUUCUGCUGCUGAUGCGGCUGCUGCUGCAAUACAGCCCGAUGGUUAGAUGCUGUAGCCAUCCAAAAUGAGCUCUGCAGGAGCGAACUAUUCAGCGGCAUACCUGGCACAGUCGCGUGUGACCGAGGUGGCUGUGGCAUACUCGGUCCCUAUCCCCGUUGAGAUCCUGACUACAGUAUGGCGACUCUGGAUCAAACUGCGGCCAUCCUCGGAGCAUGGCUUGACCUUUGACGACUACGUGAUGAUCUGGGCUACGAUCAUUGGUGUUGGCGUCUGCGUCAGUGGAUUGGUUUACGGUCCUCCCUAUGGUUUUGGACGACAUGUCGCCGCCUUGCCAGACAAGGAAGUCGAAACAUUUAUGAUGGGCGACUACAUCUUCAGUCACUUCUACGAUGUUGCCAUCGCCAGCACAAAGCUCUCCGUGCUGGCAUUAUAUUAUCGCAUUUUCGUCACACCGAGAUUCCGACUGGUCGUUAUCCUAACCGUGGUAUGGGUGAUCCUAUGGCUCAUGACCAUGGAAAUUGUCCUAGGGCUGGAGUGCCGGCCGAUCGCAAAGUUCUGGAACUCGAGCGUUGAAGGGACAUGCUUCAACCUCGUUGCCUUCAGCUACUUCACCAACAUUGCGAACCUCGUCACCGACAUCUGGAUCUUCCUCCUCCCCCUACCCGUCAUCCUACGCCUCCAGAUCACAAAGAACAAGAAGAUUGGCCUCAGCCUGCUCUUCUCCGUCGGCUUAGCAACCUGCGCCAUCAGCGCAGCCCGACUAACCGUCGUCGUCACCCAAGGUUCCUCCGACUACACCUGGGCCGGCGUCCCCCUGGGCAUCCUCUCUGCCUGGGAACCCCUCGGCGGCAUCCUCUGCGCCAACCUCCCCGUAAUUUACAAGUCACUGGCUGCCGGAUUCCGCAGCAUAAAGGGCACACUCCUCACUCACGGCUCACGAAGCGCCCACGCCUCCUCCACCCAGCGCCAAACAAAGUCCAGCGCCCAUCACCAUCACAAUACCUGGCUCCAGCUGAAUAAUGGCAGCGGGGCCGGGAAUAGUUAUCGCUCUGAGAUCUUGGCUUUGAAAAGCAUGGACGAUGACGAUGAUGAUACGGAGAUGCAGCCCGUGCCGGGGAUGAAUACGAUUAUGGUUGAGAGGCAGUUUGAGCAGGAAGUGGUUGAUCGGCAUCAUGACCCUCACCAUAGUCAUCAUGAUGGGAGAGAGGGGGAUGAAGAGCCCUUGAGAGGGAAAUAGUGAUGCAUUUUAUCUUUG